AUGUCCCCUCCCGAAAUCCCCACCUGCACCCUCCACUACACGCAAACCCCGCACCAAAACAUUUCCAAGCCCGGCAUCCGCACUCCCUGGACCAUCUUUCUCCAAUCGCCCACUCACUGGUACACGAUCGAUUUCCACGAGCAAGCGAUUCUAGAAUCGCGCCUCUCCUCCCACUCCCACUCCAUCUCGAAAUUCUCCCGACGCAAACUCUACGAUUUCCAGCUCCGGGAAUUGGAUAUCGAGCCGGAUAUAUAUGAGCGCUGCCCCGAUUCGGAUAAUGGGGAAGCGAUGAUCAAGAGGGUGAAGGAGUUUGGGAUAGUGAGGGAGAGUAUUGGGAUGAGGAGGUUGUUGAGGGAGUUUGGGGAGAGAGUGAGGAGGGGGGAAAUUCCAGUUGACGAGUUAUUUCUCCCACCCCUCUUCCUCCUCUGGCUCGAGAGUCUCAAUCUCAAACCCCCUAAAACCAAGAAAUCCAAAACCAAAACCAAUUCCAAUCCCAAUCCCCAACCACAAACCUCAAAUCACAAACCUCAAAAACCCCCAGAAACUCCCCCUCAAACCCAAAAUCCCAAUUUCAAAAUCCUUCUCCAAGUCUCCCAGAUCCAACCCAGCAACUCCCAAGAAUCUUGGAUCUGGAAGGAAACCCGCACCUUACUAAAACUAACCAACCACUCCGGCCCCAAUAAAUCAGGUCUCUACAUAAUCCCCAAUCCCAAACUCUCCUCUUCCUCUUCCCCCCCAAACUUCAUCCUCUUCUCCUGGACCCACGGCUCCCUCACCACCAUAGACAACACUCUCUACGCCCGUGGCAAAUGUCUCACCUUCUCCCCUCCACCCCAGCACUCAUCCACUCCUCCCCCAGUCCAUCUCCACCCCCUUCCCCAAAAUUCCCUAACCCCAAGCCCCCACUUCGCCGCUAGCAUCAAUCGUUCGCACUUUUCCAAGCACUGGGAAGAAUACGAAGUCGACAUCAACCAACCCGCCAUCCCAUGCAUAUGGUGGGAGAAAAACAUCACCAUCAUGGAAGAUGGAGUGUUGUUGCGGGAAUAUCAGGAUUUGUAUAAGAGAUCGAAGGAGAAAGGUGGUCCGCGCUAUCCUCCUCCUCCUCCUCCUCCUCCUCCUCCCCCCCUCAUCCCCCAAGAUCCCAAUCCCUGCCCACAAGAACCGAAACCAGAACCAGAACUCUCCGAGAAAACCCCCAAAGCAGCCGUGAAAUCCCCAGAGAUUCCUCCCAGUCCCAGGGAAGAACUAACCACGAAAGUUCAGAACUCCAAUCUCGAUCGCAAUCCUGCGGGCCUUCCCAAUCCCAAUCCCGAUCCCGAUCCACUUCCAAUUCCACCACCAAAUCCACCACCAAAUCCACACGCGAAUUAA